GAGCAGACGCGGAGCAUGAAGCUGUAGAUCCUGCAGCCUCACAACACACGGUUGUCCGUGGCGAGAGGGCAGCAGGCCAUGCACACACAGACACACACACACACACACACACACACAGACACACACGCACGCACGCACGCACGCACGCAGACGAGCACAGAGAAUGGCCAGCAUCACAGUCUGCUAACACACACGCGUGGGACCCGUGUUCACUGCGUUAAUAGUGUCGAUCGCAGCUCUUCUGUCAAACAUGGGCUGCUCGUCGUCCAGCGCUCAGACGGUUGAUCAAGAGAAAAGACCAGGGACGAAGCCAGAGGAGAGCAGCGGAGCCUCACUGGUCAAAAAUGGCAUCAUUGCAGAAGAUUCCCACACCAUUGAGGACCAGCUGCAGCUCCCGGUGCAGACGGCCUUACCAGAGGACCUUCAUCCAGGGCCUGAGGAUGAGGCAGAAGCUGUUUUAGUGGCCCUGGAGGCCCAGGAGGACCUGGGCUCUGGAGAAGAUCUCCUGGCUGAGCCUGAACCACAGCUGGAGGCUGUUGUCUCCAAAGAAGUGGCUCCAGAGGCUCCAGCAGAGGACGCUGCUGAAGCUACUCUAAAAGAGAACGAGGCAGCAGGCUCUGCAGAGGAUGAUGCCCCUGUUAAAAAUGAGCUGCUCCCCGCUGUUGUUGAGCUCCCCCCUGCGUUUGAACCCGUCGUGUCGGAAGCAGAAGAGGCUGCAGUGGUCGUGGAAGAGGCAGCAGAGAACACAGAGGCGCCUGAAGUAGUAACGGCUUCUAUGGAGGCGCCAACUGAUAACGUGGCACCAGGGGCUGCUUUAGCAACACCACCUGAACCUAUUCAACCAGGUGAAACAGCAGCACAGGGUGAAGCUCCAGGGGGUGAAGCUCCAGGAGGGGAAGCACAAGCAACUGGUGACUUUAAAGCAUCAGGUGAAUCUCAAAUACCAGGUGCAACACGGGUACCAGGUGAAGCUUCAGGACCAGGUGAAGCUCAAGUACCAGGUGAAGCUUCGGGAUCAGAUGAAACUUCAGGACCAGGUGAAGCAUCAGGACCUGGUGAAGCUCAAGUACCAGGUGAAACCCAGGUACCAGGUGAAGCUUCAGGAUCAGAAGAAGCUUCUGGACAAGGUGAAGCACCAGAACCAGGUGAAGCAUCAGGACCAGGUGAAGCAUCAGGACCAGGUGAAGCUUCAGGACCAGUUGAAGCAUUAGGACCAGGUGAAGCCCCUGCAUCAAGUGAAGCUGCAGCAUCAGGUGACGCAUCCUCUGUAGAGUCUGCAGAGCCUGUAAUAGAUCCUGACAUUGCUAUGUCGACCAUCCCAGAGAUGCCACCAUUAACUCCAGUCACAGCUGAGCUUCAAACUGAGCCUCAACCAGCUGCUGAAGAGCCCUCAGUGGACCCCGGUGCCCCGGCUGAGCCUGCCCCACCAGCACCAGCCCCUGAGCUGACCCAGCGAGUGGACGCUCCUCCGGCCACACCACAGGCCUCUGCAGACGAAGGCCCACAGACGUCACCAGCAAAUGAGCACCAGAGCAGAGAGCCAGCGGUGGACGCCGCGUCCCCAGCAGCCUGUGAAGCUCCCUCAGCAGCCUGUGAAGCGCCCUCAGGAGCCUGUGAAGCGCCCUCAGCAGCUGACCCAGCGCCGGAAGCAUCACUGAAAGAGUCUACAGCAGACGCCUCCCAGGACCCAGAGCGUGAGAAAACCAAAAAGGACGACUGAAUCGGUGAAAGAAAUUUACCAAGAUAAUAUAAACUUCCUAAACUACAAACACGAGAUCGACGCAGCAAUAAACCAUUGCAUUUAUAGUAUUUACCAAAGCAAAUGAUUAAUACCCAGUGUGCCUUAAUAGUGUGUCUUACAGGAAGGGUCAGGGUUUUGUACAUAAAACCUUUAUGAUGACUUGAGGUGCUCGUCUAACGUGAGAUUAGACGGUGUAAUACUCUGAAACCCGGGAACUCCUCAGUCGCAUAUUUUUUAACCCCAUGGUGUCGGGAGCAUCGGUGACUAAUUCAAAGUGACACAACUUUGAAUAAAAUCAUGCCAGGAGAGUCAAGGGGCAGAAGCUGCACAUCGAGUGGCUGAACAACAUCUACAAAAGCUUCACGUGCAGAGAAGUCAGUAGUAAUGACGUCAUGAAUCACUGCCAGCUGAACACGUGCUGACAGGCCACCUGGCUGCUCUGAACCAUGUUGUGCAGCUGCUCUGAACCGUGUUCCUGAACAUUUCCUGUUUCCAGUUGCAUUUGAAGGCAUCACGAUAGAGUGUGUAGCAUGAGGGCUUCAAAAACUCUCAGAAUGAUCCUUAUAGGUGGGUUUUAUACUGAUACCUUCUUCAAAGAUAAGAGUGCGUUGAUGAUGUCUUUGCUUCACCCUCUUUAUCUGAGAACAUUAACUCUAGUUCAUCAUCUGCUUCUUUGAAGUGUGACUCACUGAACCUGGGGCCUCUGUUCUUCGUUGUCUUUAUUUUUAAUAGAUUAGGAUGUGAUUAACUUCGUGGGAGCAAAGGAAAUGUGUUGAUCUAGGAUAUCUUUUGUUUCCUUCUUUGUGUUCACUCUGAGCCUUGUUCAUGGUCCUGCUAACCUUCUAGUGUACAGAAUAAAGUUUUACUCACUAA